AUGGUAGGAAACCCCAAACCCCAAACUCACCAUGUUGCCGUUUUGGCCUUCCCUUUUGGGAGCCACGCAAGCGCUCUUCUCGACGUUGUUCUCAAACUGGCUCCAGCUUCCCCACACGUCCUCUUCUCCUUCUUCACCACUUCUAGAGCGAACACCUCCCUCCUCUCCAAAGUCUCGCCGUCGAGCUUCCACAAUGUUGAGCCUCACGACGUGGCGGAUGGGUUGCCUGAGGGUUUCGUGCCCUCAGCCAACUUUGAGGAAGCUAUCGGGUUGUUUUUGAAGACGGCGCCCGGUAACUUCAUGACGGGUUUGAAGAACGCCGAGGCGGCGACGGGUUUGAAGGUCAGGUGUUUGGUGACCGACGCGUUCUUUUGGUUCGGGGGAGAUAUGUCGGAGGAGAUCAAAGUGCCCUGGGUGCCGGUUUGGACUAGUGGACCACGGUCACUUCUUGUUCAUGUAGAGACUGACUUCAUACGGGAAAGGGUUGGAACCGUUACUGGUAAGCAAUCAAUUUCAUUUAAUUGCAUUUUGUGA